GACGCUACUUUGCUACUUACUUCCUGUUCUACUGACGUUUUCCAAAAGAAGAAAAUAAGGGGGUCUGCUUUGCGACACGGUGACGUGACAAAAUUGUUUAGCCUUGGGAGUAAGUUAAAAAAGAAUAUAAAAGAGUCGUGGCUUCAGCCAUUCGCCUGUCUAAAGCUUAAAUUUAUUUAAACUGCGGAAAGAUGAACACCGAAGAGGCAUCUAGCUAGCUUGCUGGACAAACUGCACCGCCCGCUUUUUCCUUAAAUAAUAAUAGUGUUAAAUCUGAUUUGUCAGAAGAGGAUUUAUUACUGCUUUUGUUUCGCUAACGUUUACAUCAGCAGUAAGUGGUGGCUCCUUGACAUUAGCUGCCACUGACAUGUCAAAAUACACCAGCUUUCCAGAGCCGAUGGAAGACCAAAACCCUUUCCAGGACCCUGCAGUGACUCAGCAUAGCAGCAACACGGGAUAUGCUACACUGGACCUUUACAACCCGUUUGACAACACACCUGGGCCUCCACCACCAUAUGAAGCCGCUUCGCCCUCUACUCCAGCUGUGCCUGCACAGACGCCGCCCAGCAGAACAACUCCCACUGAGCCUCGCAACUAUGGCUCCUAUAACUCCCAGCCGACCGUCAAUGCAACCACAGCUGAGCUCCUGAGGAAGCAGGAAGAGCUGGAGAAGAAAGCCCAGGAGCUGGAGAGGAGAGAGCGGGAGCUCGAGUCACACAGCCUUGGACCUGGAGCCGCUCGUCAGAAUAACUGGCCUCCGCUACCUUCAUUCUGCCCUGUGGGACCCUGCUUCUACCAGGACAUCAAUGUGGAGAUCAGUCAACGCUUCCAGCGAACUGUCACCAUUAUGUACUACUUCUGGAUGUUCUGCACUGGCACGCUUCUCUUCAACCUGAUCUCCUCCCUGGCCAUGUUCUGUAUAGACAGCACUGGAGGUGUUGGCUUGGGCCUCGCCAUCCUCUGGGCCCUCCUCUUCACCCCCUGCUCCUUUGUCUGUUGGUAUCGGCCUGUGUACAAAGCCUUCAGGAGUGACAGCUCCUUCAACUUCUUCGUCUUCUUCUUUGUUUUCUUUGCCCAAGUGUGUGUCUAUGUUCUCAUGACCAUCGGCAUCCCCGGAUGGGGAUUCAGUGGCUGGAUUGUGAGCCUGUCUGCUCUGAAGCAAAAUGUUGGUGUUGGUGUGAUCAUGAUGAUAAAUGCCAUCUUCUUUACUGCCCAGGCUGCUAUGGGGGUUGUCAUGCUGAAGAAGAUCCACAGUCUGUACAGGCAAACAGAUGCCAGCUUUCAGAAGGCUCAGGCUGAGUUCGCCACCGGAGUCAUGUCCAAUCAGGCUGUACGCCAGGCAGCUGCCUCUGCUGCCCAGGGGGCCUUCACUGCACCUCGAUAAGGGAGGAAUGAAUGGGGCUGGGAGAGUGAAGUGUGGAGGAUGAGCUUGAUGGAGAAUCGGUUUGAGGGAGACAAGUUUAUUUAAUUACCUUCUGGGUGACUAAACUUAAGGACACAUGCAUGAGAUAGAUGUGAAGGUUGUAUUUCUAAAGGUGUACAGGACAAGUUAGCAACAUUGCCAAACCAAGUUAACAAAUAAGAAAAUUUGAUUCUAGAAACCUUAAGAUGGUGUGAAAGGUAAAAGGAAAAAAAGGAGGCUGUAUUAAAUAUGAUGCAGUCAAAGUAUGAAUGAAUGCAGGGAAAUUGCUAUUUGCCAAAUGUGGAAGGACAAACCAGAAUUCUCCCCAUCUUUACAUGACAUGGGGUGUGUUUAUAAAGAUUGAUGACAAAGCAAAGUAAAAGAGUGGAACUGCACUCCAAAAAGUUGACACUGACAUCUGAUCUAUAACUAAGCAGCUCAACUUCACUACUUUUUGUUGCUUAAGUGUAAACUAACACACUGUUUUGUUGUCAUUAAUGAGAAUGCCUAUAUGCUGUAUUGCCAAAACCUGUCAAACUGUAAAGAUAAAGAACAUGUACUAUUUUGUUUUGGUUCUAACUGUUCUGUUGAUGCUACUUGUGAUUGUUCAGAUUAUGUCACUGUCUCGGUUUUAAUAAAAAUAUUGUCAUGCU